AUGAGCAGUCAGCGCAGGCAGGAAGCCCGCACCGAUGAGACGACCCUCAGCGAGGGUUUGACGCGAAAUCGUGCCAUGGAAAUCAUAGCCAACUUUUCUCAUUCGACCGGUACCUCAUUGGAGGGUACGAUACUCGAAUUGAAGGAUCCAUAUCUGACAGUUUCUGAGGAUGAGGUCUUCACAAAAGCUGCUCUAGGGGAUUUCACGACACCCCUCGAGGUGCUGAAGAGAACCUUGUCAGUCCAUUCGGUACUCUUAACAGCUUCUUCCUUUGCUGAGCAUAUGGAAGCAGCCUCUGGAGUGAAUUUUCGGAAUCCCAAGCUCUCAGAAAUCGGGAAAGGGUCCUUCGGGACUGUCUACGAAAUUCCAGGCACAGAAUGGUGCUUGAAGAAGACACUGCGUUCUCCUACAACAUUUAAAACAGAGCUGCAUUCCGGUAAGCGUCCUGAUUCCUCCAUCAACCACAUAGCGUGGAAGUCUAUCGUCGACAGCGGCGAUUUUUCAGACAUACUCAUGCCUAGGGUUCCUCGCUAUUCAAAUGUAUCCCUUCUAGAUACAGCCACCAGCCUAAGGUGGUUCCAGGGAAAUGGCCAUCUAUUUCCUAUACAAAACGGCGGCCAGAAGCCAGGUUCGUUCAUAUUUCUAGAGAGAAUCAUGCCCCUUCCUCGAGUGGUCCGCACGAAUCUUAUCAGCCACUACUUCAAACCAGAGGACCGCCAGGGCGCCAUCGCGGACCCAGAGAACCAGGCGUGUCUCUGUCGGACCUACCUUGGUCUCAAGUCGACCGAAGUCCCCUCGGACAAGCGGGAGCAGGAGCUCAGAACUCUGAAGAACUUCCCUCUAUAUCUUGACCAACUUUUCGAGCUAAACAUGGAUCCGUUCUUGAUUGCCCGUGAAAUGGCAUUGGGGCUGGCGGCAGGGCAUUGGGUGGCAGGUAUCAACAUGACCGAUGAUGAGUUUGUCAUCGGGAGCCGGCCCUACGAACGACCUGAGCUAUUUCCCGGUCUAGGCAGGCAGCACACCGCAGGCCACAGCGACCAGACCCUCGGUGGCUCCUCCUGCUCGUUUUUCAUACGUUGGGCUACCGAUGGCCCAUACUACCCAAGGGUCCUGGCCAAGGAUGCUACCGAGUGGAACUUGUGGAUUUGCUUCGCCCAGACUUAUAUCUCUGCCUCUAAAAGAUAUAUUUGCGAUGCGAAGGAACGCUUGGAGCAGUGGGGCUACGACCACAUUGGGGAGAUUGACAAGCUUGUCAUGAAGCGUCCGUCAUAUAUUAUGAAUGCGUGGAUGAAAGCCGAGUGCGAUGAGUAUGGUGUUUCAUCUAAGCAGUUCGGCAAGAUAUCAAAGGAUGACCAUUGGCCACUGCCGUGA